CAGUAUGACAUGCAGAUGAGUGCCGUCGAUCCUAGAAUCACCGCACACUUCACUCAUUUGGGCAGUCACGGGGCCAAAACCAGAGUGUGGAGCCACAGUGUGGCGGUGGAGGCAGCAGCAAUGGGAGGCCAUACAGCACCCUAUGACAAAAUGGAACCCACCAGCAGUGUGAGGAGACCUGAAAGUGGCACAUGGCAGAGUGUGGCGAUGGAGACAGCAGCAAAGGGACCCAUGGGGAGGCCGUACAGGGACCCAUGAGACACUCUGGACCUGGCAGCAGCAUGAGGAGGCGGUACAGGGGCCCAUGACAGAUUACGGGCCUGGCAGCAGCAUGAGGAGUCGCAUUAUUCUGAAGCCAUACACAGGCCUAGGUUAAAAAGCGGAAGCCGUCAGCAGCGUGAGCAGACGACAGACACAUGGCGCA